AUGAGAAUGAUGAACAAAUACCGAGCUGUUUUGCUUCUUGUGGUCGGGUUUGUCAGCGCAAACAAUGAUGAAUGCACUUCUCCAUUGAGACUUUUCGAAAAUGAGCCAGUAUCCGGCGACAAUUCAUUUGCGGUUUCUGAUUUUACGGAUGUGGACGCUUGUGGACCUAACAGCCACUUGGAAGGCGUCUGGUAUGAAAUCAUUGGAACUGGUGAGGAGGUUACGCUUAGCAUCUGUACCGAGAAUCAGAGACUCUUGAGUGUUGGCGUCUUCAGUGCCUGUAACUCUCAGAGUUGUGUGGGAUUUCCAGCACGUCCAGUCAAACCAGCCAGUUGCAACAGAGAUGAAUACCUGACCUACCAAUUCUUUGCGGAAAGGGACCGAAGCUACCGCGUUCACGUCCGAUCCAACGUCAUCGACUUUUCCAGUUUUACGUUGGGAGCCGAAUUCAAAAUCUUCUACAGAACGUCAAGCUCCCCUACUGCAGCGCCGACAGCAUCUAGGACAGCAGCACCGACCAUAGGGGAAACAACUACAAGACUGCCACCAGUGGGAUCCCCGAUCACAAAUUUGCCGAUAAAUUCGCAACUCCCUUAUCUGACAUCUGACCUUGGGAAAGUUUCAACUUGCAAGUCUACCCCACCAACGAGCUCUCGCGUUGAAAGCGAGACAAUCACGUAUGACUACACACUUUCAAAAAACCCUUCGAGUGCAGCUGGCACGGCCUUGGAAAUCGAGGAAGCCUUGCAUCAAACUUUGUCCGACAGACUUUUGACAUGUGCUUAUUCCAACACGUUGUAUGACGUCGUUGAAGUCGCAAUUGGCGACCGUGAUACUGUCAGAGUUUGCAGCGGCAGUUUCGCAGGAAAUGCUUGCAGUGUUGUUCGUGGCAGCAUGAACAUGGAACUUGCAAUUCCAAAUGGUGGACGACGAUUGAAUGAGAAUCUAUAUGCCGAUCUGAUCCCUGUUUUUCAAAGUACCUUACAAGGCUUUGGUGGCCAGUUUCAGGGUUUCACGGAUUCUCAAAGUGUUGUCAGUGACCCAGUAGAGAACGAUGGAGUCGCGAAUGACGAAAUCAUCGUCUACGACGAUGACUACAAUUACGACGAUGACUACGGUUAUUAUGUUCCCGCUGAAGAAGAACCAGAAGAAACCUCUCCGUUGCUCUUGGGCCUGGGAAUCGCAAUUGGAUUGAUCGUACUCAUCAUACUGCUCCUUUGCGUACGAAGAAAAUUGCGAGGAGAGUCCGAUAAGCCUCAUGAAGGAGUUCUUGAGCCCGCCCAAGACGAAGAGAGUACAGUGAAACAGAUAGACUCUCCUGCCCAUGAAGUCGACGACGAGGAUAUUAAUGGAGAUGGAGUCGCUUUCUUCAGCACCAUCAAGUUGGAGGGGUCAGAUCAUGACUUUCGAUCAUGCGGGAAUCCAGAGUGCGAACAUUGCAAACCAGAAUCGAGACCGGUGUUCAUCUCGACUGGAGCCACGGAUGAAACAAUUGAUGAAAACAAGGGCGUUGAAACCAUGGCGUAUCAUGACGGCUGGGCUAUAUUUGGCAGGAAUCAUUUUGCUAGUAAGUAA